AAUCAAAUCAUUCAUUUAACUAAAAAUUGCUUUCCUUGACUAAUGUUAGGCGAGGGCCUUGGACUAUGGAAGAGGUGUUCCCUGGAAUGGAAAUGAUUCAUCUUUAAUGAGGAUCCAGAGAGAACAAAGUUUAAAGAAAAUAGAACAAAGUAACCUCCUCACAGACCCGUGAACAUACAAAAGAAUCGUUCGUCAUUGCUCAAGAAUGGAUGAGAGAGUAUUGACUUCAUCUGUCCAUGAUUAUCGAACACAAGCUCCAAAAGUUAAGGCUGCUCCCAUUGGACAUGUGGCUGAAAGAGGAGAGAACGUGGAGCGAGGCAACUGGUCCUCAAAGACAGUCUACCUGUUGUCAGUGAUCGGCUGUGCUGUGGGUCUUGGCAAUGUUUGGCGAUUCCCUUACCUGGUGUACAGAAAUGGAGGAGGUGCUUUUCUCAUUCCGUACACACUGAUGCUGGCACUUGCUGGUAUGCCAGUGUUUUUCUUGGAAUCAGCCUUUGGACAGUUUGCUAGCUGUGGCUGUAUCGCUGUGUGGAAAGCUGUACCAAUACUACAAGGUGUGGGGAUCACCAUGAUGAUUGUGGUCACAUGUUCCAACCUUGCCUACAACUGCAUCAUUGCCUACAGCCUGUUCUACCUGUUUGCCUCCUUCCAAUCCCCUCUGCCGUGGUCAGACUGCUUCAGCUGGUGGGGUGCAGAUGAAACCUGCAGCAGGACACCCAGAGAUCCGCUUUGCAAUCUCACUCUGGAAAACGGAUAUUCUGAAAUUGUUAAUACAACAUGGCUGCAGAGAAACAAUAAAACUUGCUCCAAUGGAUCCGAAAUCUACGUUCUUCACCAGAGCCCAAGUGAGCAGUACUGGGAUAAAGGGGUUUUACACCGGUCCAGUUUAAUGGAUGAGAUGGGGAACAUAAUUUGGCACUUAGCCCUUUGUUUGCUUCUGGCCUGGCUGAUGGUCGGGGCUGCCCUGUCCAAAGGAAUCAAAUCUUCAGGAAAGGUGGUUUAUUUUACAGCAACAUUUCCAUAUGUGGUUCUGACCGUACUCCUUAUCCGAGGGCUGACACUGGAGGGAGCCCAUAAAGGGAUUGAAUUCUACAUUGGUAGCCAAACAGAUUUCUCAAAACUGGCUGAUGCUGAGGUCUGGAAAGAUGCUGCAACACAAAUAUUCUAUUCACUAGCAGUGGGCUGGGGAGUUUUAAUAACCCUCUCAUCCUACAACAAGUUCCAUAACAACUGUUACAGAGACACCAUCACUGUCUGUGUUGUGAAUUGUGCCACAAGUUUGUUUGCUGGGUUUGCCAUCUUCUCUGUCCUUGGACACAUGGCUCACGUACAGAACAAGUCGGUUUCAGAGGUUGCUCAGUCAGGUUUUGGUUUGGUUUUCAUCGCCUACCCAGAAGCCCUUGCACAGCUGCCAUGGGCACCUCUAUGGUCCACUUUGUUUUUCUUAAUGUUGAUCACCCUGGGACUCGACACCCAGUUUGCAGCUUUCGAAAUAAUUAUAACGACCCUAGUGGACAAGUUCCCGAAGCUUCUGCAAUCAAAUCGCCUUUACCUGACAGCUGGACUUUGCCUCAUAUUUUACUUCUCUGGUGUUAUAUUUGUAACAGAGGGUGGUGUUUACUGGUUAAAUUUAAUAGAUUAUUUCUGUACUGGAUGGAUUCUCAUUGCAAUCGCCCUGCUGGAACUCAUUGGUCUAAGCUGGAUUUACGGGGUAAACAGAUUCAUCAAGGAUAUUGAGAUGAUGAUUGGAGAAAGGAAUUGUCUCUUCUGGCUGUGGUGGAGAGUCUGCUGGUGUUUCAUCUCGCCAUGCAUUCUGCUGGCAAUAUUAACCUGGUCCUUAGCAACAUUUGCUCCUCCAUCAUAUGGACCCAUUGAGUACCCCGUCUGGGCAACACUAUUUUGCUGGAUUUUGAUCAUCCUGUGCAUUAUGUGGAUCCCUGUCAUUGCCAUUGUGAGAGUUGCCCAAGCCGAGGGCUCAACAUUGUCCCAGAAAGUCGCUGCCGCUUGUUCCUCAGCUCCUGACUGGGGUCCAUACUUGGAACAACACAGAGGAGAAAGAUAUAGGAACAAGGCUGAUUCUGCAGAAGUUCCUAACCAAAUGCAAUUUCUUCCAACUAAAAGAGAAACAUUUGAGGAAAUUCCAUUUAAUUUUGUAAGCAAUGGUUUUGAAGAUCUAUAGCUCUUCUGUAAAUUCAGCGAGAGAUCUGCAGGACUGUCAGCCCCUCAUUGGAAUACAUAUAAAGAUAAAGAUUAGCUUUAUUUGUCGCAUGUACAUCAAAAGAUACAGUGAAAUUUUUUGUUUGUGUCAAAUCAAAUCAGCAAGGAUUGAAAGUGUCACCACACUUGUGGCACCAACAUAAUAUGCCCACAGCUCACUCACAUGAAGCAUACAGUGGUGUUCGAAAGUUUGUGAACCCUGUAGAAUUUACUUUAUUUCUGCAGAAGUAUGACCUAAAAUGUGAUCAGGUAUUUACUCAGUCCUAAAACUAGAUAAAGAGAACCAAUUAAAUAAAUAACACAAAAAAUUGCACUUAUUCAUUUAUUUAUUGAGAAAAAUGAUCCAAUAUUACAUGUAUUUGUUCGAAAGAGUGUGUGAACCUUUGCUUUCAGUAACUGGUGUGACCCCUUGUGCAGAAAUUACUUCAACCAAACAUUUCCAGUAACUGUUGAUCAGUCCUGCACAGCGGCUUGGAGGAAUUUUAGGACAUUCCUCCGUACAAAACUGCUUCAACACUGAUGAUGGUGGGCUUCCUUGCAUGAACUCCUUCCACAACAUUUCUAUAGGAUUAAGGUCAGGACUUUGACUCGGCACAAAACUUAUUCUUUUUAAACUAUCCUGUUGUUGAUUUACUCUUGUCUUUUGGAUCAUUGGCUUGUUGUAUUAUCAAACUUCUAUUCAGCUUCAGGUGAUGGACAGCUACCCUGACAUUCUCCUGUAAAAUGUCCUGUUACAAUUUUGAAUUCAUUGUUCCCUCAAUGACUGCAAGCUAUCCAGGUCCUGAGGCAGCAAAGCAGCCCCACACCAUGCUGCUCCUUCCACCGUGCUCCACAGUUCACUGUUGGGAUGAGGUCUCGGUGUUGGUGUGCAGUGCCCUUUUUCCUCCAAACACAGCAAUGUGCAUUUCUGCCAAAAAGUUCAAUUUUUGUCUCAUCUGUCCACAGAACGUUGUCUCAGAAGUGUUUUGGAACAUCCAGGUGGUCUUUCGCAAACUUGAGACAUGCAGCAAUAUAUUGUUUUGUUGGAGAGCAGUGAUUUCUUCCUUGGUUUCUUGUUCAAUGCUUUUCUUAAAGUGGACACAUAAACAGAGACUUUAGCAAGUUCAAGAGAUUUUUGCAGGUCUUUUGCUGUUACCCUUGGAUUCUUUUUCACCUCCUUCAACAUUGCAAGUUGUGCUCUUGGUGUGAUCUUUGCAGGAUGCCCACUCCUAGGGAGAUUAGCAAUAGUACUGAAUUUCCUCCAUUUGUAGACAAUUUCUCUUACUAUGGUACGUAUUUAGAAAUGUUUUAGUAGCCUUUUCCAGCUUGAUGUAUCUCUAUAAUUCUUCUAAGGUCCUCUGAAAGUUGUUUUGAUCGAAGCAUGCUGUAUAUAAAAAGAUCUUUCUUGAGAAGAGCAAGCUUUGUCAGUAACCUGACUUUGCGUCUUUUUAUAGGGCAGGGCACCUCUACAACCCAUACCUCCAAUCUCAUCUCAUUGCUUGGAAUACCUGACUCCAAAUAGAUUUUGAAGAAGGUAUUACCCCAGAGAUUCACAUAGUUUUUCCAACAAAUACAUGUAAUAUUGGCAACACACACAAAAUGCUGGUGGAACACAGCAGGCCAGGCAGCAUCUAUAAGAAGAGGUACAAUCAACGUUUCAGGCCAAGACCAUUCAUCAGGACUAACUGAAAGAAGAGAUAGUAAGAGAUUUGAAAGCACACACAAAAUGCUGGUGGAAUGCAGCAGGC